GGCAACGCUACUGCUGACGCUAAGCUCUUCAAAUCUCGUUGUUAUCAAUGCCACAUCGUUAAAGAUGGCGGUACCAAGCAAGUUCCUAACCUCCACGGUAUCUUUGGCCGCAAGACUGGUCAAGUCUCUGGUUAUCGUUACUCUGAAGUCAAUCUUCAAAAAGGUAUUAUUUGGAAUGAAAAGUUUCUCGGUAUCUACCUUAUUAACCCCAAAAAGCUCAUCCCCGGUACCAAGGUGAUCUUUGCUGGCUACAAGAAAAAAGAUCGUGCCGGUGUUAUUGCUUACUUGAAGCACUUGAAGAACUACUAA